AUGGCGAAGAUGAGUGUGGGUAUCGCAGACAAUCUUAUAUUGUCAGUGAUACGGGCUUGGGAUACAACGGGCCUCGUCGAUGGAGAUUUCAAGCCAGAGAGACCGCGCAUUUUCGUGGCUCCUGCCAUGAAUAGCGCCAUGUGGCAUCAACCCGUCACCCGUCAGAAUCUGGGCAUCCUACGAGACCAGUGGGGUUGGAGUCCAGCCAAUCCCGAGGGAUGGGUGACUGUACUCCCUCCCAUCGAGAAGUCACUGGCAUGUGGAGAUGUCGGGAGUGGUGGAAUGAUGGACUGGAGAGACAUCGUCCGUCAUAUCGAAGAGCAUUUGAGCCUUUCAAAGAAUCAAGCUUGA